GACCAAUAAUUAAUUGAAAUAUAUCGAAAUGAAUGAAAUCGAUUUGAUAAAAGAAAUCGAGAAGCAUCCUAUACUUUACGAUAAGUCAAUCAGCGGCUUCAACAAGACGAAACUGAGAGAGGACGCUUGGGGUGCCGUAAGAGAUUCACUCAAUGUAUCGGAGACGGAGUGCAAGAAGAGAUGGCGUUCGUUGCGGGACUCAUUUAUAAAGCUGCAGCGCACGCACGGCGGCCGCACGCGAUGGUCCUACCACCACGCCAUGCGCUUCCUGCUGCCGCACAUCGAGCCAAGGUCUGACGCCGACGUGCACAGGUCAUCGAAAAAAGAUGCUGAAGAAUCGGACCCAGAAGAAGAAAUAAAACCGCGUAACACUCUACCUGACAUCUCCUUCCCUGCAACAGAAGUAAUCACCAAAUACGACGACGAUGAUGAUUCCCAACCGUCACCUAAGAAACAACGUCUCCAAUCCACUGAUGAAGAGAGCAGUUGUCAUUGCAACAGAACUGACCCGGACGAGUUGUUCCUACUCAGUUGUUCGUCAGCAUUGAAAAGGUUGAAUUCUAAACAGAAUGCAGCUGUUAGGUUGAAAAUUCAACAGGUCCUUUAUGAAGCUGAAUUUGGUGUACAAAUGGAUAUGCCAUAUGUUACUCCGGCAAGUGACUGUGGAUAUGACGGUUUGGAUGGUCAUGAAUAAAAAAAUUUUUUUUUUUACCCGACUGAAAA